AUGAGCGCCCGGGCGGGCUGUGAGCUGAAUGGCCGCUCGGUACGACACACCGCAAGGACGAGAGCCAGGAUGCCGCUGGGUGCGACGAUCCUGUUGGUGGUGUUGCUGGGCCCGGCGGAGCGUACGGUUCGCUUUGGGGCCGUUCGCGGAAGCGAGUUUCCUGAGCGGGAGUGCUGCGAUCCCGUGUAUCCACCGAUGCCAGAUCCGGAACCGGUUCCGGGUCCGGCCUAUCCUACGACGACGAUUUCCACCUCCUCGGGCCAGUUCCAGCCAGGAUCGGGUGGGACCGGUGCCGGUGGGUAUGGGAUUGCACCCGGACCUGGCGGGAUUGGUUCCGCGGCUGGCGGAGGCCUGACGGUGCUUGGGAAUGAGCUGGGAGGCGGUACGACCGGGACAGGAUCCGGCGGACAGCAGUCAUCCUCGCGACCGAUGCACAUCGGAUACUCCGGAUCGAACAUUAAGACUGCAAUAGCUAUUUUAAAUUGUAUAUUAGCACGACAGCUGUGCUUCGAGGAUCCGUCAUGUUCCGCCAUUCUGGAGAUCAUCCCGCGCGUGUGUGGGCCGGUACCAGUCGCCUGCAGCACGGUUACCGUAACGAAAUGCCAGGCCGCCCUCCGGACGCUGCAAGCGUUUCCAUUUUUCCGGCCCACCUGCCUGUGCAAGGAGCCGGGCAUGGAUCCGGACUGUAAUUAUUUUCGGGACUUCCUGUUCGAUCAUCCCUGCGGUUUCGUCUCGAAGAAAGAAAAAGACCCCUACCCGGUGGAUGCGCUGCCGACCUGCAACCAUGCGCUGUCCGUGUGCCAGCAGGAGCGAAAGUGCAUAAAACUGUUCGAAGAUUUCAAGCUUCACUGCAAAGUGCGGGAGAACAAGUGCCGGAUGGAAGACAGGGAUUUGUGCUACGAAGCGUGGACUAAUCUGCGAUUAUCGCCGAUGUUCGGCUGCAUCUGCCCGAAUAACCACAUGAAGCGCAGAUGUGAUAAAAUAUUUAGCGUUGUUAACCAUAAUCCUUGCGUCGAUGUGUUUCCCUCCGCACUAGACACUUCUUCCGGCACCGCAACUAAUUCCAUCUAUCCGAACUUCUUUCCCUCCGACAUCAUCGAAGAUCCUCCGCCCACCAGCACGUACCCGUUCUUUCUGUUUCCCUCCAAAAAGUACCCACCGUCGGCGUUCGGGUCCGCCAUCUACCACGCCACCGUGGACUACAUUAACCUGCCCGAUGGUCCGAGCUCUGGCAACGGCUCGAGCCCGGACUCAGAUCAAUCCUCCUCCUCCUCCUCGUCCUCCUUUCCCUCCCACACCCAUCAGCACCCGGGAACGGAGCACAACUAUCGCACUAGAUACGAGCACAAUUUUGACACCAGCAUGCACCACACCAAGCACCAAAGCCCCACUCACAGUAGCAGUAAUAAUGCACCGAUCGCACCACCGUGGCCCGAUCAGCACCAGCACCAGCACGGGCAGCAGCAGCAUCAACACCGGCACGGCGAAAACGGCACCGCCGGAACCGGCCUCGUUGGCACGGGACGAUGGGACAGCAUGUCGGUCCCAUCUGACCUCCAGCAGCAGCCGGAGACUGUCCGGGCGAUGGGGGUGGACGAUAAUUACCACCGUCUGUUGGACCAGAACAUGGCGCUGAUCGAGACGCCGCUGGUCGCGCCACCCCACGCCUACUAUCCGCAGCACUACAAGACGGCACUGUAUCCGUACAACAUCAGCGGCUAUCACCACCUGCAUCAGCAUGGGGCCGGCGGUCACUUCGGCUCCCACCAUCCGCACCAACACUCGUACGGCGGGUUCGAGUACGAGUACGGUGGUACGAUCGGUGGUGCCGCUGGGGGUCCCGGGUCCGGGGGCUACUUGACGGCGGCAGGUGGAUCCGCCCCAUUCGACAAUAUUCUGAUCAGUAUGAAUAGUGGCAACGUCGAUGCAGCAAUCGAGCUCGAUGGCGCGAGCUACGAACAGACGGUGGACAAACAAUUUGGCUCGGACGACAUCGAGGAGAAGGAAGCAGAAAUGAGUUUUAUUCACUUCCAAAGUACCUGCCACCUGGCGCUCGAUUCGUGCCGCGACGAUCAGGUGUGCUCGUCCGCGCUCAAGACGGUCCUGAUGCACUGCGAGCAGCAUCGGUGCAACCGGAACGCUUGCAUGGAGUCGCUGCAGAGCUUCUACAAAAGCAUUCACGACGAUCUGAGCCUGGACAUCGCGUUCUGCCUGUGCAGGAAAACACCUAACCGGCACGACAGCUGCAUGAUCGCGCAGGAAAAGCUACACCCAGUGUGCGCCCAGCGGCCACCCGAGAGCCUCAGCAGCCAGCAGUCUUCAUCGGGAACUGGCAACGGUAUCGCGUACAAUACGCCACCGGCGUGUCACGCGGUCGCAGAGCUGUGCCGGGAGGAUGAAGACUGCCGUGCCCGGCUGGAGGUGUUCGAGCAGUCCUGCGCGGUGGACAGUGUGACCAAGAAGUGUGCCGGAAAGACGAGCGCUUGCAGGCAAGCUAUGCUUGGCAUUCUGGGUACACCGCUCAGGACGACCUGCGCCUGUCAGGGUUCGGAUAUGCAGCAGCUGUACGACUGUCUCGGCUGGCAGAGGCUCCUUUGGCUCAAUCCGUGUGUUGUCGAGUCACAGAAGGACUUUCAUCUGAAGCGUUUGGCGGAGCUAGGGUUGCUCACGACCACAACGACUUUGGCAACGACUACAAGCACAGUGAGGCCAACGACGACGACCACCACGACGACUACCGUCAGGACGACGCGAGUCACACCACCACCAACGCAGCCCCCAACGAGGCCAAAACCGGUGUAUCGACCCAAACCAACCGAGCAGCAUACGAUCGAGACGAAUUACGUGGAGACACCUGACACGCGCCCGGAAACGCUGUUACACAAGCAAAACGAGGUGAUCGAGCGAUCCGACCUCGAUCGUGGCCAUCAUCACCCACAUCCGGACGAGUAUGACAAGCCAACGGGCUCCCAUCACCAGCCAGAUGAGCUGGAUGGCGAAGAGGACGAUCCACCCGGGCAGUACGGUAACAAGAUCUACCAACGGCCCGACGAACAGGUGCUCCACGUUGCCAGCACAGAGGUGUUGGAGGUUGAGACACUUCCACCGACUACCGUCACGACCACGACGACAGAACCAACGACGACAGCCGUCCCGAUCCGAUAUUGCGUGGUUCAACGAUCACGCCAACCCGAUCAGCUGAUUGCAGAGGGAAAAAGUCGUCGGCUAUACAUCCUGGAUGAUGCCGAGUGCAGUGAGCUGUGUACGUGUGGUGGUGGUGAUUCGCUGGCGCUGACCUGCCACGCCUUGUGUGUCCCACUAGCACCGUGCCGAACGGCCCUGGCAUUUUACAGCCACGCAGCACCCGCCUAUCAGGCGUUCCGAGGACGAUGCCUCUGCUACUCGGGCCGGUUCAUCUGCAUGCGACCUCCACCGGGGGAAUACGUUCUACCAGGUGGCAUCUUUCUAAUGCUAGGGUACAGCUCUACCGACGAAGCACUGUUGAGACCGCACACGAACCUCGGCGUGCAGGACGCCGUACGGGCGCUGCAGCAGUACGUUUUGCAGCACAUCGACAAUUCGACGCCAUGCACUUUGACGCUCUUCAACAUCACCGAGGAGAAUAUCAUCCUCUCGAUACGGUUGCCUCUCGAUCCGAAGCUUACGCCCAUGCAGCUGUUAAAGCAGGAAAAGGACCAGUGCACGAGGAUCCUGGAGACGAUCGGCCACCAGGUCAAUACACAGUACGUGGAACUGUCCGCACAUCGGCUACUCAGCAUCUUCAAGAUGGCCGAGGUGCAGAUCGUAUGGCCCGAGGUGAGCCACGCACGCAGUCUGGGCACGGGCGUGAUCACAGUGCUACUCGCUCUCUGUGGCACUCUGUUGCCACCGUUCGUUCGAUGGGGACGACAUCACCAACGAUGGCUGACGGCACCACAACCCGUCACGUGA